AUGAUACUAUCGUGGCUGUUGAUGCAAUACCUCCUGUCUGCUUCGGGAGCUGAUACAUUUUACAACGUAGCUCUUUAUAAGCCAGCUUUUCAGUCAACGCUGUACAAAGAUUGGACUUCGGAUAAAGGAAAUGACGGUGGCACGAGAGUCGCAGAGAAAGGUGGACAAUGUGUACAGACCUGGCCAUUUAACAACAGUUGGUGGAUGGUGGACCUGCUAGACAGUUACGUCAUUAAGUCCGUUGUUCUAGACAACAGAAACGAUUAUCUGGGGGCAUCCACGAGGCUACGUAAUUUCAAGAUUGAUGUGUUUAAUGAUGAUCCCAGACUGGUGUCCACAUUUCCUACAGUUUCUGGAGACAUUUGCUACAACCAGACAGAACCUGCAACGAAUGGCACCUUCACGUGGAACUGUAGAAGACCUCUCAUUGGUCGUUACGUUAGAAUAAUCAUGCUACCUGCAGAAAUUCUCAAUUUUUGUGAGCUGCAAGUGAUGUCCCCUUUACCAACAGAAACAAGUGAAUUUAAAGUUUAUAAAAAACAGAUGCUGAACACGACGGCAAUGUCUAAAGUCGCAGUGUCAAGUUGUGCAGUGUUUUAG